CGACUGCGAACCGAUGACAUGUACGCGUCCACGGUACCUGCCAAGUCAGGCCUUUAUGUAGUUCGCUCUCCCUCCCGUCACCUGUUCACUCUUCGUAUCCAUCUAUAGCACCUGACACUCGUCUGAUCAUCAAACUUCCACUGUGCAAUCACUCCAACUUUCAUACAGUCUCGCAUUGCCAAAACAUUAACAACAGAACCUAAGCAUCAUGGAGGCGGCCAAACAUGCGCUGAUCGAUCCUUUGAUCGAACCAGACCCAAGCGACGAGACUGGAUUGAACAGCCACUUCCGUUCGACAUUUGCGCCUGCAGCGCCCAUCACACCACCCGGAUCCGCUGGAGAAUCCAAGGGCCACCCAUCCGUUAGUGUUCAAAACACCGGCAGUUCAGUUGAGACCAAUCCUUUCCGCCGCCAUUCCAGGGCCUCGUCCGAGUCAAAGGGUGCUUCGGCAUCAGUGUCGCAGGUUGGGCAGAGUACACCACAGAGUAGGAGGUAUGACUACCCAUCCCCUCCCAACUCUGCCAGCCCUAGACGCGCCCAUUUCUCUGAGAACCACCGCGCGGAAAUUUUUGGACCCAUGAAUGAACGCCGACCCCGACGAUCCAGCGACCAUGCGCCAUCCGCCAUGCAAAAGAGCCUACCUACUCGCGCCCGUGCAGGUUCAUUGAAAGAGCGUUAUCCUGGAGACAAGUCACACAGGCCACUUGACCAACUGCGUCAUGAUGAGAAAGUUGCUCACCGUGCUCCCCAUCUUAGGAAAAAGAACUUUCAAGGCGCCGACGUCAUCGAUCGUCUUGACAAAGCAAGCUUUGGUCGGUACCACCAUGAGGGCCCCUACGAUGCCGCCAGUAUCGCUCGGAACAGGGAUACCAAGUACAGCCCUCUCGCGGCGGUUAAGAACUCGAACGAGGAGGCCCUGAGGGCUACCCCACGAGAGAACAUUAUCGAUUCUGUACAAAGGCAUCGUCCUCUUGAGGGUGUUGCUAUAGUACCACCUGGCAUGGCUGAUCGUUUCGGAAGGGUUCUCGAUUAUGAAGAGGGAGCCGACCUGCAGCGAGAGCCUGGAGGCGACUACCGUCGUUGGCCUGGUGUCGAAUACCACCCAGACGAUCUCAAAGGCAAAGGCGAGCCUUCUUUCACCAUCGAAAAGGCCCUGAAGGACCACAAGCGUCUCGGCGACACUGGUACUGAGAUGACCUCCCGUAGCCAUCGCACACGUAGCGUGGGUCAUGCCGAAGCACCCGGUAUCGUCCCAUCCGUCGCUACCGAUCCGGAAGCAUCCGGCGUCGGCCGCAGCAACACUACUGGCAGGAGUGUUGGUGGCGCAAUCAGGAAGCGCAUUGGCAGCAUUCGUCGUCGCAAGCAAGAGGUUGAGGUCUAGGGGAUCCCCCUCUUUCCCCGUUCGAAGCGAUGCUCCGAUGUUCCACACGCACACGCAACGGCAUGAUACCCCAUCCCGUUUGAGUAAUUCUCCAAAAUUGUACAAAUACGCAUCGCAACCUGAGGCGUGUUGAGCGUCUCUGUUUUCUUUUUGUUCCUAGGUUCAGGUUAGCGCACAUCUGACUCACGUCAGUGGUAUAUUUUAUUUUGCGCAGCAUAUGGACUCGACUGUAUAGUCGGAGUCGUGUACGAUAAUACGAGUAGUGGCUAGCAUAUUACGAAUAAUGAUACUUACCCCUGAA